AUGCCAGAUGCGCCAGAAGGAGUUCGCAAGAACCGAAGCUGUGAGUUCUGUCGCAUGAGAAAGGUUCGGUGUGACGGACAGAAGCCCUCCUGCAGGACAUGCAUUAACCACCAGCGUGAAUGCUUCUAUAAACCGUCCUCCCUUAAACCGAGACCAACUCAAGCGGUGAUCGACGAACUUCGGGCAGAGAACAAAGAACUAUUGACUGCCAUACAACGUUUGAAGGAUGGCGCUGGACCCGAACGAGUGAGGCCAACCCUCCAGUCAAUCAGGGACAAGGACCAAGGCGCACGACAAGCUGUUUCCCUCCUCAGCCCACUCUCCUCUUCCAACAUAUCAUUACACAAUCCAGAUAAGACUCAGGAUGGGGCAGGUGAAUCCCAACAUGUCCAUGCCGCUCCGGACCGGGCAAGCGUUAAUACCUCACCAUAUUUAUCGGUAGAUGAAUGUGGCAACUUCAAUAACUUUGGCCCGUCCUCUGCAUGGCAAAUGGUCAUCGAAACCCCCAGGGGUGUUGGUACAGCAACCGCCCCCAACAUCCAGAACACCCUCGUUGCCAAUGCCGCGCUAUCGCGUCAGCUAGAGCAUCAAUUAGCCACCUUCGACGAGCUCGACGGGGUACCGAUUGACUUGGCAAUACAUCUUCUCGAUCUCCACUGGAACCGCCAACAUCACACCUUCCUCUUGACCUACCGACCAGCUAUUAUACGAGACUUGUUGGAGCAAGGUGAAUUCGGUUCCAGGUUCUUGCUGAACGCCAUCUUUGCCUGUGUCAGUAAAUUUUCAACACGAACCGAGGUUUGUGAGCUGGCAGCUGGCUCCCAUUUCUUUCGUCGGUGCGAUGAGUUGAUAAAUCAAGAAAACCUCCUCUUCAACCCGAGUCUGCCGACAGUAGUUGGCCUCUUACUUUUAGGAUCCAGCUACGUUGCCCGAGGUUUGACAACAAAGGGCUGGUUAUUGACCGGGUAUGCGUUAAGAAUGAUUUUCGAUCUCGGUCUUCAUAUUGACCAAGAGCCCACCGCCGACGAUGCCAUACAAAUCGAAAUCCGGAGGCGGAUUUUCUGGGGUGCCUUUAUCUGCGAUAAACUCCAAAGCCUGUACCUAGGAAGGCCGUUUGCGAUAAAACUACGUGACGCCCACGUUUCGCUAGAGCUCAACGACAUCAUGGAGGAAAAGGAAGCGUGGACUGCAUAUGUUGAUACCACGAUUCCUUCAGCGACGAACGCUAUUACCCAUGGCCCACAUGUUUCAACCUGUUCAGUAUCAUGCUUCCAAUACUUUUGUCUCCUUUCCAAAAUCAUGACCCGCAUCAUCGAUGAAUUUUAUGUGGUGGGGGCCACGGUGACUGGUGCUCAAUCCAGUCUCCGUAGCAUCGAUGAUUUGCUUCAAAAGUGGGAGAAGAAUCUUCCAGAUGGGCUGCGUCUGGAUCCUACCGCUCACAACUCUUCGAAUGUGGUUCACGCCCCCAAUGUUAUGUGUCUUCAUGUCAUUUACAGCACAUUGGUUGUCCUACUUCACCGUCCCUUGGUUGCCGAUGGCCAUCUGCGAUCAGCCUCGCCACCCGCCGCAUCUUGGAAACGCUGCUCAGACGCGGCUGAAAGAAUUACCCGUGUUGUUUCAUCAUACCGUCAACUUUAUGGCCUUAGGGCUGCCCCAUACUUGAUCAGCUAUGGACUAUACGUGGCGUGCACCAUACAUGUUCGGAAUACGGGAGCGAAUACUAAUGAAAUGGGCGUUGACCACCGGUUACUGCUGGCAUGUAGCCUUCAUUGGCUCGAAGAGCUGGCUGUUCCUAAUCCAGCUGUGCUGCGGACCGUGGCAAUCAUCCACAAACUGAUAAACACCCGAGGGGUCGACUUGAGCAUGUAUCCCGAACCAGCAAUCGUCGGAAUCACCCAAACGUCGGCAAAUACCAUGCAAGGCCAAAAUAGUGAAGGGGCUAUACCCUCCAUAGCCGCAACAAUCACGGACACUCGGGACUAUCCCAAUUUUUUCCAGAGCGAAUGGAAUGAAUCAUUUUCUGAUGACAUUUUGUACGGCGUUAUGGACCAGCAAUUUUCAUCAUUUGGUGAAUUUAUGCCGGAAGUGGAUCUCCUCCAUUGA